AUGGAAGGUAAUGAGAUUGGUUAUAGUAAGGAAGAAGAGCAAAAAUCUCCUCUACCAUUUCUGGAAGAAGAAGAAGAAAAAGAAGACAAAGCUGGUCAGUUCUCUAAUGUGGAAGAACAAUGGGAAGGUGAAAAUGAUGAAUUUUUUGAUAACUCACAAAAAACUAACAUUAAUGUGUCUUCUAAUUUAGUAGAUGGGAACAGUGCACUUCUAGGGUUGAAUGAGAUUCCAGAAUACAAGCUUGAAGAAAAGUUGGCUGGUGGUGGCAAGAUGGGAAAUGAGGACGCUUCUGAACGAGUUGGAGACAAAUCUGAUUCUAGCAUGGAAAACUUGGAACACUGUUUGGGCGAUGUUAAUAAUAUUCAGGCUGUGAAGUAUACAGAUAGAAUUUGCAUAUUAACCUUACAGAGGAAUCUAAAAGAGCUCAAUGACAUAGCGAAAGAAAAGGAACUUGUGGUCCAAAAAGCCAGAGAAAAGCUGAGUACCUGUCAACUACGGAUCGAGAUGCUAGCAAAGCAGCUGGAUUCUGUAGACAUUGAAAUAGAGAAAGAGAAGGAGGCUGGCAAUGUUGCAGCCUUGUCCCGCCUUCAGGCAAUGAACAGACGACUGUGCACUGAACUUGAGAAGGAGAAGGAUUUUGAGUUGGAAAUUUCUUUAACACUAAAAGAAAACAUGCUUGAGAUGUGGCAGAUAGAAACUGAGCAGGGAAAAUAUGAAAUCCUUCGUGAACAGCUUAAAAAACAUGAGGAGGUGCUAGAGAUGCAAUACCAAGAACGAGCAGAAGUGCGGAUCUGGAAGGAAAAAAUAGCAGCACUGCAAGAGGAAGAAAAUCGACAAUCUAGAGAAAAGAAAGAUGAGGAAGCCCAGAAAGAAUAUGAAGAAAGGCAUAAAAAAAUACUUGAAGGUGCCAAAAGGAACCAUGAGAAAGCAGUCUGCUUCCUGAGAAAAAGCAUAGCAAGAAUUCAUGAAAAAAAUGCAAAGGAAGAAGUGAAAACUCGGGAGCAUAUGGAGAGAAGGAUACAAGCUGUGCUUUCCCUGAAAAACAGCAUAACUUCCAAUAGGGAGAAACUCCAAACUCUCCAGGUUUGGAACAAAGCAAUGGCCUUUGAGGCAAAGAAGCAGGAGAUGAAAAUGAGGGAAGCUAUCCUAGCAGAAGGAGGCAAUGUUGCUAAGGAAGUUUUUCUCCAUAAACGACUGCUAGAGCAUGAAAAAGAGAAACAAGCUUCUAGAGAACAGCAAAAAUCAAGAAAAAUUGAGAUUGUGUCUCAAAUUGUGCAAGAAAAAGCUUCUAUUCACAAGCAGAAGAAAAGUCAGUCCUGUACUAAGGCAAUUAAGGGUGGUGGUAAACUUGAGGAUCCUUUACUGUGGAGAAUGAAAACAUGGCAAUAUAUUGAGAAGACCUGCAAGCAUUCAGGUGGAGCAAUAUCACAGUCAUGGUGCUCUCCGUCAGCUUGUUCCUCAGCUGGUGAGAGAACUGCUUCUGUAGGAGAGACUUCUGAAAAAAUACCCCAUGAUGUGCUCUGUGAAAGUGGUGAAGAUGAGAAAAAGAGAAACAAGACCCUGGUAGAACCAGAGUUCCCAGGACUUUGGAGUCAGGAAUGUGACUUGCACAAGAUAUUGAAAGAAGAAAUGGAUCCAAAGCAGCUGGCUACAAGGGCAGUGAAAAAAGAAAUUUUUGAGAAAAAAAUGGAGGAAUUCCGAACUGGAAUUUUUCACAAGGAAAUAGUGUCUGGUCAUGAACAUAAGCGAUGUACUUUCUAUAGUAAACCAAGCUGCAUUCAUUUCAAGGAUUUUGAUGUUGGUCAAGUCUACAAAAAGAAGAUAGUUUUGAUAAAUGCAUCCUACAGUGUUAAUUUCUGCAGACUAGUGGGAGUCAGUGAAUGGCUCGAGGACUUCAUCAGUGUUCAUUUUGACCCACCUGGCAAAAUGUCUGCUGGAAUGUCCUGUGAAAUAGAGGUAACAUUUAAGCCGAUGAUAAAUGAAACUCUGGAAGGACAAGUGAUGUUUAUGGCACAGACAGGUUCUUUUUCUGUUCCAUUGAAAUGUACAGCCAAGAGAUGCAUUCUGGCACUAGAUAAAGAGCUCAUUGACUUUGGUAGCCAUGUGGUGGGAGAGACAAUUUCACGGACCAUCAACCUGACAAACAGUGGAGCUUUGGGAACAAGAUUCAAAGUUCAGGCAUCAGCAGGUGACAGUAGUACAUGCAGAGCAACAGCAAAACCUUCUGGAAGAGUGGUUACUCAACAUUUCAGGGACUGUGUCCCUGAAGAGAAAGUUAGCAAUAGUCCUGUGACAUCUGCGGCUGAACAGAAGGAACAAUUUUGUCCUGAUCAUAGUGAAGAAGUAACCUACUGUGUAGCCCAGGUAGAGGAGCAGAGGACUGAGACAAGCCCGAGGAGUAGUUCCACAGAACAACUUGGUCAAGAUGUAUUGCAUUCCAGAUCAGAUCUAGACACAGACAAUGCACAUAAUUUAGUGGAACUUUCUCCUGAUGAAACACCAGUUGAAAUUAUGCUUGGAAAGGUUACUGAAGGUGACAUUGGACCCUUCAGCUCAGUCAAACUUCAGAUUCUGUUUGUCCCAGCUAUCCCUGGGGAUGUGCGGGCAGAGUUUGUGAUCAUGUUUGACAACUCAGACUGCAAACCACUGUGCUUUAGUGCCACUGGAGUUUCUAUUGAUGUGCCGGUUUGGGUGCCCAGUCCGAACGUUGAUUUAAAGAUCUGUAUGUAUGACCGACUUUAUCAGGAUUGCAUUGUCAUUCAAAGCAGAGCAAAAGCCACGCUGUGUUUGAAGUUUGAAGUAUGCAAAGAAUUGAGUAAGCACAUGGAGCUGCUUCCCAAAACAGGUUACAUUCAAGCUCAGUCAUCCUUCAGCGUGCAAUUGAAGUUUCUGCCCAGGCGCUCUCUUCCUGAAGAUGCAGGGAGCUAUUUUAAUGAAGAGACAAGAAUUCUGGAAGUUCCAGUGACAAUACUGAUUGUGGGUAAGGCUAAAAAAGUUAAUUUUACUGUCCAUGCAAUCAUUACUACUUCUGAUUUGGAAAUCAGUCCAGCACAAAUCAAUUUUGGAUACUGCACAAUCUAUGAAGCUGUGCAGGCAAAUGUUGUGCUAACAAACAAAUCCAUCUUGCCACAAGAGUUUGGAUUUGUGGGACUUCCAGAGUUUGUUGAAAUUCAACCCAAUGACGGACUUGGAAUACUUCUUCCCCUUGAAAACCUGACAUUGGACAUAAUCUUUAAAGCUAACGAGGCAAAAGAGUACAGCUUUGAACUAACCUGCAAGUCGGAGAUUAAUAGACAAUUCAAGCUGUCAUGCAAAGCAGUUGGAGUCCACCCACCUCUUGAAUUGUCUCAUUCCUUAGUUCGGUUUGCUGCAACAGCUUUAAAUGGUGUGUCUACAGCAACACUGUAUGUGAUGAAUUCCCAUGUGAGCGUCAACCACUUUACUCAUGCUCUCCCAAGAAUUGGCAACAGGGAAGUUGCCCCUGUUGGACCCACUUCAUUUGAAUUCUGUGUGCCAGAAGACUGUCCAGUGACAAUUACACCUUCUGUUGGAACUGUGUUGCCUGGGAAGAAAAGCUCGAUUCAAGUGUCCUUCAGACCAACAUUGUCAGAUCAGCUAAUCAGAGAAGAGGCAGUUCGGAGGCUUUGCAGAGCAGCUGCGACAGGGGCAGAAAUACAAAUGAUUCUUAUUCCUGGAUUUUCUAGUUGUGAUGCUUAUAUGGCAGCCCAGGCUUUCCUGAUGAGGAAUUUCACUGGGAGGUUUGAAAAAUACAUCAUACCGUGCUUUGUGGCAAGUGGACGUAUCAGUGAAAAGAAAGGCUCUGAAAACUUGAGCUGCAGCCCUUACAACACUUUGUAUUUGGAGUUGCACUGUCCAGCUGUAGCACCAUCUGUUGUGGUCACUUCAGAUAAUGGAACAAACACAGUCAAUUUUGGUGAUGUGGCAGUAGGGCACAGAAUGAUUAAGCGAAUUACAAUACAAAAUAUCUCCCCAGAGAAGCUGGAAUUGGGAUUCUCAGUUCUGAAUCCCAAUGGUCCCUUCCUGUUGGGCAGACCAGUUGGAAUGCUUGAGCCAGGUGAAAGUAAGACCCUCAUCAUCUCUUUUUGCCCAAAUGAGAAUAAAUCGUUUUUUGAAAUGCUGGACAUCCGAACGGCAAAAAACAAUCUAACCCUAAAUAUCACUGGUCAUGGGGUGAUGCCAUCAACCGUUUGCUCUGUGGAAGGAGAACUCAAUAUGGGCUAUGUCAUAGCCAGAGAGAAGGUGACUUCCACAUUCAAGAUACAGAACACUUCCACACUGACCCUGCGAUACUCCAUACAACUAGAUUCGCUUUCGUCAACAAGGGACAAAGAUCAGCAGAGACUUCCAUCCUUUAUUGCAUCCUCUUUGCAAAGAACAGAGUUUGUUGGAACACAGAACUAUAAUGGCUUAAGUGUGUUCAGCAUCUUUCCAACAGAAGGAGAAAUUGUUGCUGGGAAGAGUCAGGAUUUUAUGGUUACUUUCAGUCCUGACCAUGAAAGUCUGUACUACUCUGACCGUCUCAAGGUUGUGCUCUUUGGCAAGAAAGUAGCCCACGUGAUCCACCUAAAGGGUGCAGCAAGAGAUCACCCAAUGUUUGUGGAAGGGGGAAUUCCACUCGAUGUGCCCGUUGAGUCCUUGGCUGUAACAUUACCUGUGUCAUCGCAGGAAGCACUGAAAGGAGAGCUACAAGAACCAGUGAAGUCCAUUCUCCUCAUUCUGGAGUACAUCGAGGGAGAGAGUUCUCCAGUGCCAGCAAUGACAGAACUGAAAGUUGGAGCUAUACGGACAGCGCAAUUUGCGUCUAAGAAGAACACGGAGUUCAGUUUUGAUAGCCUGCCACUCCUGCAGCAGAAGGGAUUCACCAUCGAAUCGGCGAAGGGAACGAUUGAGCGUGGUCAAGUCAAACGCAUCGGUGUUUCUUGGGUGCCACCUGCUGACUUCCAUGCCAAUGACCCUCUGCUUGUGACAGCCCUCCUGACCUUAAAAGGUGAUGUUAAGGAAUCUUACCGAAUCCUCUUCAUGGCAAAAGUUGUGUCUGCAUGUUGCUCCCACUAA